AUGGAUAACAAUUAUAAUAAAUAUUGUUCAGGACAGUUAAAAAUAAUUUCUGAUUUUGAUAAAAUUCAAGAAAUAUUUCAAAUUGUUUUAAAAAAUCAUGUCAAUAACCAAGAUACAAACGAUAAUAUUAAAAUUUUAGAUAUCGGUUGUUCACAUGGUAAAAAUUCAAUAAUUGUCUUAAAACCAUUAAUUGAACAAAUUAGAAAUAAAUGGAAGCCAAAUGAAAAAGUAAUUGAAAUAUUUCAUUCAGAUUUAUCAGUAAAUGAUUUUUCAAAAUUAUUUAAUGAAGUUUAUCAUUUAAAUUCAUAUUCUAAUAAAAUCAAUAAUAUUUUUACAUAUGGUAUUGGUAAUGGAUUUGAGAAUCAAUUAGUACCAGAUAAUUCAAUUGAUUUUAUAUUUUCAUUUACAACUUUACAAUGGGUACCAUUUAUAGGUAAAUAUAAAUCAUUUGAAGGUUCAUUAUAUAAUAUUUUUUUAAAAAUUUAA